CAAUGACAUUGUGCAACUUGAAGUCAGCUAAGCAAUUCAGCAAACAACUUGAAGGCACAAAGUGGGCACCUCAACGCGGCGACUGGGGCAAUUCUUAUCGGGACAAUAAUCCUUCGACCAGGUCACCGGAAUCCCUUUACAACAGAUCGCACACCGACCCAACGACGCCGUCUCCUCCGCCUCUUUCUCAACCCCAUUCAAACUGGCGCCGUUUUGCGUUUCUCUUCCUCCGUCUUCGUCGCGUCGAUUAUCUCCCAGAUCAAAGCUUCGCGAUCCUCGUAUUCCAUCCGCGCCGCCAGAGGCGAGCACUUCAGCAGCUGCGCGACGACCUCGUGCGACUUGUCGUCGACGCCGUCGAGGAACUGCGAUUCUCCGAUGUCGGCGGCGGAGAUGGCCGCGGGAUCGGAGGAGGAGGGGUGAGUGAGCCUGAAUUGGAUUGUGGAAGGGAUGGAUUGGACCCGCAGCCAGAAUUGUUCGUGGGUGAUCUUGGCAGAGUAUUGGAUGUUGACGCUGUUGUUGGUAUUGCCGCCGCCGCCGCCGGCUGGCGGAACAGAAGUUGCGGCGGUGGCGUGGAGAGUCAUGUUAUU